GGUGCAUGCCUAGCUAGCUUGAAAAUCAGAGUAGCCAAACCUCAGGCAGAGAUGCCUUUUGUCCGAAAUCACUGAUGUUAAUGUUGACAGUAAAACGUCACUCAGAGGCAAGCCACGUCACCUGUCGCGGUUUCACGUAGCCAUGUGGUGAUUAUGAAGAACCAGCAGAGCCAGCUGAGGUGAGCUCAUGAUGCCAGUGAGAAGACACGGCUUUGGCUGACCCUCAGGAGGAGCUGGAGCUGAAACCCCAGCCCUCGCACACUGGCCCUGCCCCAGUGAGGAGGCAGCCCCUGCCCUGGUCUCCAGCACGCGGCUGGUUAAAAGGGUGUCUGCCACCAGCAACAAAGAUGAUUCUGCUCCGGAGACUUAGAUGGCACCGAGAUUUAUAUCAAGUAUCAUUUAAGACCAAAAGCUCACCCGUUCAGGGUAACUUUUAAUGAAGUACUUUUUAGUUGGCAAUGUUUUUACAGCUUUUGUGAUAAGUGCCAUAUGGAGCCGGGUUUGAAACCCACUUGUGUGAAUUUUAAGUGGCAUUAAUUUCAUUACCAUAACCUAAGGUUAAGUGAGCAAUAAAUUUAGCUCAUGGGAGAGUGGGCAGAGAGAAAGUUCCAGAUUCGGUGUGGCUGCCACUAAAGGCGAGUUGGAGUAAAAGUGUGUCAGGUUAGCUAUCUUUUUUUUGUUUUUUUUUAUCUCCUGUACACAUAUCCCUGCAUUUCUCUGAUUUUAAAAUCCAAGGCCUUGCAAAGGGGUGGUGAUUUAGGCAUGCCUGUUUGUGUUGCAUGGGUAAAGAAAUUUUCUGCAGCGUUUAAUUUCUGCUGUUUUUUGUCUUUCAUCUUGUUUUGUUCUUUCUUUGCUGCACAGCCCUGCUAGCUGAGAUUAAGGUGUUCAGAGUCCCUGAUGUGCCUUUGACUCAGUGCCAGCGCUGCUGUGGGCACUCGGUUGCCCAACAUCAAGUGUGGUGCGAGGGAGAUGCGGCGCCGAGGAGCGGGCUCGGCCCGGGGUCUCCUGGCGGGCUGAUGGGCGCGUUUUGAACUCCGGGAACGGUCUGGGGCGGCUGUGAGCGUCGUGGAGCGAGUUGGAAGCACCAUGAAUACUUCGGUUCUCGCCCCCCUGGGAAAUAUAUCCGGUCACCUGAAUUUUUCGGAGAAGAGCUCGCAGAUCUUGCAGUUUGAGGAUGAGGACUGCCGUGUGCCUUUGGCCAUGGUCUUCACUUUGGCCUUGGCUUACGGGACUGUGAUAAUUCUGGGAGUCUCCGGGAAUCUGGCCUUGAUUGUUAUUAUUCUGAAACAAAAGGAGAUGCGCAAUGUUACCAACAUCCUCAUUGUCAACCUGUCCUUUUCUGAUCUUCUAGUGACCAUCAUGUGUCUUCCCUUUACCUUUGUGUACACUUUAAUGGACCACUGGAUUUUUGGGGAGGCCAUGUGCAAAUUGAAUCCUUUCGUGCAAUGUGCCUCAAUCACCGUCUCGGUCUUUUCUUUAGUCCUUAUUGCUAUUGAACGCCAUCAGCUGAUCAUCAAUCCCCGUGGCUGGAGGCCGAACAACAGACAUGCCUACAUGGGGAUUGCUGCCAUAUGGAUUUUAGCCACAGCUUCCUCUUUGCCUUUCCUGAUCUACCACGUGUUAACGGAUGAACCCUUCAGAAACAUAACAUUUGACGAAUAUAAGGACAAAUAUGUGUGCUUGGACCUGUUCCCCUUGGACACUGCCAGGCUUUCUUACACCACGACACUUUUGGUGAUCCAGUACUUUGGACCGCUUUGUUUUAUAUUUAUUUGCUACUUGAAGAUAUACAUACGAUUAAAAAAAAGGAACAACAUGAUGGACAAGAUGAGAGACAGUAAGUACAGAUCCUCUGAAACCAAAAGGAUCAACAUCAUGCUGAUCUCAAUAGUGGUCGCAUUUGCAGUUUGCUGGCUGCCUCUCACCAUCUUCAAUAUCGUGUUUGACUGGAAUCACGAAAUUCUGCCGGUCACUACCUGCAGCCACAACCUGUUGUUCCUGAUUUGCCACCUCACUGCCAUGAUCUCUACCUGUGUGAACCCCAUCUUCUACGGGUUUCUCAAUAAGAACUUCCAAAGGGACCUGCAGUUUUUAUUUCAUUUUUGUCAUUUCCGCUCCCGUGAGGAGGAUUAUGAGACUAUAGCCAUGUCCACCAUGCACACAGAUGUUUCAAAAACCUCUCUAAAGCAGGCAAGCCCAGUCGCAUUUAAAAAAAUAAAUAGCGAUGAUGAUGACAAAAUCUAAAGAAGUAAUAACAAUUCUGCACCAAACUGCUGGAAGUGUGAUCGCAGGUGAAACGUGUCCAAGGACAAGCACAGUUGUGUAACAAGUACAAAAUGGGUAAUGUUUUUCUUCUUUUUCCAAGGAACUUUGAUUGUUGUCACUUUGAAAUUAUACGCUGUGCAUUUUUGUCCCUUUUACUGCUUUAAUGUUCGCAGCAGUUAAAUCUGAAUCUUAUUAUAAGACAUAGUCGGACCUGCUACUACCUAUGGUUUUCGUCAACUGUCUUUUGUUCUGUUUUCUUUGUACACUUAUGUGCUUUAGCACGAAGAUAUAUUUAUUGAUUUUUUUUCAAAGAAGUAGUUUUCAGGAGUGUCCAUCUAAGACCAUUAGAAACAAUAUGAACCACAGGGAGGCUGUCACUACAGAGGACACCCAUCCCAGCAUAAAAUUAGGACAUUCUGAUUUGAAGAGUUCUUCUUCUUCUUUUUUAAUCCAGCUUUUGAUCGAUGUUAAAAUCCUGUAAAAUCAGUGUAGGCAUGCAGAAAAUGGUUCUGUGAAACCUGUAGAAUUUGUUAAAUCGGGACAUGCAGUUGUCUCAUUCAUAGAGGCAAUUCAGGCUGUAAUCACUUAGGUUCAAAGACAGGAUUAAGAGAGAAAUUCUGUUCUCAUUUACGAGAAUAAAACCCUACAGUAAUUCCACAGAGCACAAUGGGAUAACUGUGAUGUUUCACCACAGCAAAUGAAGGCACAAAUGGGCCUUCAGUCCCAACUGAUUUUAAUAAUAUAGGCUUUUUAAUUUAAAAAACCCAAACCCCAUUUUCAUCUGCCAUCACUGACAGGAGUUAGUGUUGCUGGGAUGAAAUGUACUGUCUGUCCUGAACUGUGUAAAUUCUCCUUGAGACCUAUGUUCAGAAUCCAAAGGAAGGUGAGACUCUUCACCGUCUGGACAACGUUCAAUUCCAUCCUUGCAGGUGACAGUGAAAAUCAGGUCUGGUAUUAAAAAAAUAAGCUUUAGCUACCUGAGUCUUUUCAUAAUAAUUAGUGCUGAUCUAUUUAAAUUAUGUGUAGCCUCAUAAUAUUCUGUGUUCAGAUACAAUGGUAUAAGCAUGGAUUAUCUCCAAGACAAUGGAGGGUAUGGAUAUAGUUUGGCUGUAAUUGUUAUGUUUAGCUUCCAAACUCACAGUUUCCACAGUUGGUUGAAGUGCGGAAAUAUUUGCCAAAUAUAUACAAUAGAGCUCUGUGUGUUAUUGCUUAAAAUAUAUAUCCUCUAAUUAGACAAAAUAUACAUGACUAGAUCUCCAGCUGAGGGAAACCCGCAUAACGACUGCUGUAAAUGAAACUACAACAAUAUCAGCCAGCUGAGGUUGUGUCAUACAGUGUACUUUGCUGUAUAAUCAAUGCCUUUUUGAAUAAUCAGCUUUUUAAAAUCCAGUAUAGACCCUACUUUCUUUUAGCAAGGUCACUUUAAACCAUUCUGGCAGAGAAAAGGGUCUUUAAAAUGGAUAUAAAUGUAAAUGUAGCAUAAAUGGAAAUCUGAUCUGAUAUCUUUCUGAGCAAAAAGAUCUCAGGAUGUGAUGGUGAAUUUAAUAUGUCCUAAAUUUGACAUGGAUAAAUGCCUAAGAAUUGAAAAUUAUUUGGUUUGCCAGUAUUUAAAAGUCAAAAACUGUGCCUUGUGCUGUCUUAUAAAUAGUGUAGAAUAUUAAAGUAGCAAUGUGUUCUUGUGCAUAGUAAUUCCACAUAUUUCUCUACUGGCAGAUAAUUUAAUGAAAAAGGAGGUUUCUGUGGUUGAGAACAGAGAAGGAAAGUAGAAAAUGAAUUUUAAGACAGAACUUUCUUUCAGAGCUUUGCCCUUUUGUAUUUUAUGAGAUUUCCCUUUUCUUUGUGGUUCUCUAUGGAGUGUGUUGCUAAUAAUUUGACAAGAGUCUCCUGAAAUUAUUCCUCUAUCACUUUACAAUAAUUUUCAUAGGCUGUGUGGUGUAUUUUCACAAAGAGAUAUAAUGUAGAAAUGCAGCCAUGUUUUUCUAUUAAGAAUGUGACAGUGGGUUUUUCCUGCUUGAAAAAAAAUGCAGUGAAUUUUAUGUUUUUUCCCAUUUUUGGAAAAAAAAAAACAAAACAACAACCAAACUUUCUUGCAAUCUAGUGGAAGAAGAAAAUGGAAUUAUUUGAGAAAGUUUCCAGUUAGUUUGCUGGAAAUUUUUGAUCAUGCGUUUAUACAGAGUAGGUGUUGGAGCAACGUUCGAGGAACGUGCUGGUGCACAGAGACCUAAAACUGGCGUGUCCUAAGAUUCGGAGGUCUCCAGUGGGAUAGCAACAUAAUUCCUCCUACAUCAACCUUUCUCCUGCUUGAGGUACGGUCUCAUAUCAUACAGCCCAUCUGAUACCAUCUCAUACUGUCUCCUGAGAAUGUGUCAGGUGUUUUUUGCCUACCAAUGCCUGAUAAACAAGGUGAAGUGUAAGUAGGAGCAUUCCUUUGGCUUAUCCGUGUUAAGCGCAGGAGCCAUUUUUCUGCUGCACUGCUGUCCUAGGACCAGGCUUCUCUUAUAUGUUUCCUCACUUCCCUGCAAGAAGCCUUUCUGAGCCUCUGCUAAGGAUGCAGGCUAGCACAUCAUCAUAAAAAUAGCACAGGGGAUGCUGCCUGAAAUAAGAGUGGAAAUGAACACAGUGUAAAGAAUGUUCAGCAGGAAAAUCCAUCUGGAGAAUUUCAGAAGCAAAUUCAUUGCUGUUCUGAAGAAUUUGUUAUGAGGACAAAGACAAAAGUCUCUCCGAGGUGCUGACCUGACAUCUGCAGGCUGUAGAUGACAUCUACUGAGAGUAGUAUUUUUGUCUUUAGUUUCGUGACUUCACACUGGAGUCCUCAAAAGCCACUGGAGACUUUCCCCUCCUGACACCUGGCUACAGCACUAAUCUUCUUUUUCACUUUCAGAGCUCCAGCAUGGCUUCUCAUCCUCUGUAUGCUAAAUUUCUUUACAGGGUAAGCUGUCAGGUUUCAUGUUUCUCUGUCAUUUCUCAGUCAUUCUGGUUUGAUAUGUGUUCCUCCUAUGUGCUGUUUUGUCAAACUUCCCACACUUUAGCACAUGCUGAUUGCUAUCUCAAAAGCCUGAAGAUCCUUCUUAUUCUUUCAGACUGGUAGAAAAGUUUUACUGACAGAAAAAUGGAAACAGUGAGGGAUCUAUAAUGUAUCUUACUAUUUACAUGCAAUACAUUUCAUGUCAAAUCUACAGCCUUAAAUGACAAAUGUAACUAUUUAAUAGCCUUAAAUGACAAAUGUAACUAUUUAAUAAACGUUAAUAUCUGCUUCAUUUGUCAGUUAUUUUAUCAUCUUAAACUUCACUUUUAUCCACCACAGACAUUUAAAGGUUCUGCAUAAUCUAAAUACACCAGCAUAUUUGUAUGUCAUCUUAAUAAAUGCUUCUGUACUCCCAUAUUGCUUUUUUCACAUAUCUCUUGGCUGUGUCAUUGUCACUACGUACAGUAAUCCACAGCUUUCACAUCUUCAUUUAAAAAAAGGAUAAUAAUAAAGGAAGCAAUUAAAUGACAGUAAUACCUGCUUUUUGUAGGCUAGGAAAAAGCUAGAUAUUUAAAAAAAAUAAAAUCAACCCAGUUUUUUCCACUUCAUAAAGGAGUCAGAUUUAAACCAGGAAAAGAACUAACAUGGCACGACCCCCCAGGUCACUUGAGCUGAUGCUGACUGCAUCUCAUCAGUGAUGAGGGUGUGAAGGGCUAAGGGUUCAUAUAUUCUGACGCUGCUGUCCUGCAGUACAGUAACAGCUAUUAUUAAUGGAUCCUAAAAGCAAAAUUCUGAUACUGAUUCAUAUUCAGACUGUAAAUCAGCAUAUGUUUAAAUCCAGGCCUGUUCAUCAAAUUCUGAUUCUGACCUCAGGAAAAUGUUCUGAGAUCAAUGAAACUGGAGAAUUUGCUUAAAGUUAAUCAUUUGCCUAGGCACUAUACUGAAUGAAAGUGCACUGCUGGCUGGCUGGCAGCUCACACUCUUUCCUAAAAAUCAGAUUUUGCAUUUCAGCUUGUUAUAGAAAUAAAUUAAUGGCAUAUAGUUUUUCUCUGGAAUUUUCCCUGGAUUUUCUCUGGAGUCCAGUGCCUGACAAUGCUUCAAUUUAAGGCUUUGCUUCCUAAUUUCUCAUAUAAAAAAAUUUAUCAAACCAGUGCGUAGAGAACGAAGACAAUAAGGAAACUUUUUUUCUGUUCUUAUUUUUAAAGCAUACCUAACAGUAGGAAACAUGACCUUAAAUAGCACCUCUGUCUGCAACAGAUUAAAUUCAUUCAGCUGUGUAGAAAGGGUGGAGAAAUAAUGAUUAUAACCAAAUGAUCAGUUUUGUUGACAGCCAUUUCUCAACUGAAGGAUAUACACAACUCCAAGCUCUACCAUGUCCUCUUCAUUCCUGUGUUCUUUAAUAUGUGGCAUCUGCUUCCCUGAAUUAUUACUAAAUACCCAAGUCAUUACUAAGGCUGAUGUGAAAGAAAAUUCUUUUCUUGUAUCCAUGUUUUGCAGAAUUUCAAAUGUUUGAGGAUUACAUGGAAGAAGCAAAAAUAGGACCAGCUUUAGCCUCUUACACUUCAAUUAACCUGUGGUCAGAAAUAAAUUCUAUUAUUAAAUAUUUCUGCCCAUGCAAAACAGUGCUAAUGGUCUAACUGAAGUUGGUAUUUCAAAGAUUAAGGAGAGCAUUCGCAAAGACUAAUUUCAGCUGAAGGAUGACAGUUUUUCUUGCCUCCUCCAGUGGCAACCUGAGGGCACUCACACCUGCUCUACUCUAGGUGUCAUGCAUCUACCAAAAUGUCUUUCUCUUCAUUAUUUGUACAGGCUGCUAAGGGACAGCCAGCUUCCAGGGCCAGCAUUAGGCCUAGUGACUACUGCCUGCCUUCCUCCAUCUUCCAUGGUGCUUCUGCUGUUACUUCAUACUUCGUACCCUUGGCAGCUUGUUUCUGAGGAUGUCAGAGGAAUUUGUACUCUGAUUUUGUAAAGUGUUCGAGUAUAUGGUAAAAUUCAACUCUAUUCAGGACAGUGCUUUAAAUAGUUUCUUCCAUUAAAAUUAUCUUCCAGCAAGUUUCUGGUAAGCAAGUUUAUCAAAAUUUGCACUCCAUAGAAGUACAUAAUUUACAAAGCCUAUGUAGGAUUUAUGUCCAUACAGAACAUCCAGCUCAUUGCAGCAAAACUGACAGCACACGCUGUCUUGUGUAUUCCAAAGAUCUGGGUUGAUGAUCUGGUUAUCUGACAUAGAACAGGCUUAGUUGCAAGAAAUUCGCACAGAUGCAAAUGUGUUUGAUCGCUGCACAGGAGAGGCUCUGCAUGGUGAACUAACUUGCCACAAUUUAUGCAAAAUUUCAGAUAAUUUUGAAAUAGAAAUAGAUAGAAAUUUGGAAAAGAAUAACAAAGCAGAAGAUCUAGAUGAAGCCUUGAUGCAUUCUGUCAGAUAUACACAAAAUGACUCAAAGGGAGACUCAGACAUUUAUUUAUCUUUGGGGCCAACAGACUGACAUGUAAAUAUUUUGGGGGCAAAGUGGUGGUCAAAAAAGUGUGUGUGAUAAAUAGGUUCUCUCCUCCUGUUUUCAGAAAAGGUAUAUGGAUCUUUAUAAAUGACUCUGAAAAUGUAUUUUAAGAUUCUUCACCUUAGAUUAAUCUAGAUCUCUCUUUGAUACAAAGGAAACAAAAUGUUUUUGGCACAAUCAAAAAAUAACAGCUUUUUAUUGCACCCACCCACUGCACAUGAGUCCAUUUGCUGUCACUUCUGCACAACAUGGAGAAUGUUUGUUCAUGGCAGGAAGAGUAACCUGAUCAACAAAACUCUCCUUGUCUUUCUUGGUUUGUGUUUACACUGAUACUGUGCUGCUGUUUUUCACGUUGCAAUCUCCCCUCCACCCCCCCAAGCUAUGACAUUUUUAUUAUGCUAUUUAUAUUGUUUCUUAAUAAAAGCUCUCUGUGAAAAGA